AUGGUGACGACAUCUAUAGGUUUCAGACACGCAGCUGCCCUUCCUCUACGCCCUAUCCCAUACUUUAUCCAGCACAUCAAGCAACAGAAGCCGCCCGUCAACUUUGGCCAAACCAUCGGCCAGAAGCACCGCAAUGCGGCCAACGGGCCAAUGGGUAGGUGAGCCACUCACUCCUGAGUCAUCACUCAUCGGGCAGCUCGCCGCAAUGCUGCACGACGAUGGGUGAACUGAGCGACACAAGGUCCCUCUGAGGCCCAUAGCUCAUCUCCCCCAGACUGGCCAGCCUCCGAUCGCGGCUGCUGCUGCUGCUGCUGGCCUUGGGGGUCUUUUUGUCUUCUGUCUUGAUCGAGAUGGCGUGCAGGUGUGCGAGCAUCACCAUGUCGUCGAUGUAGCCGACCACCGUCUCGAAGGUCUCACACGAGUUGGCCGACGACACCGUGAUGAGAAACCGACCGCCUGAAACACCCACCCACAGACAGACACGACAAGUGAGUGCACACACAGGGAUGCAACCAUGGGGUGAUUUAUGCCGACACACACACUCUGACCGUGCUCUCGAUAGCUCUGUAUGCCGGUCUUCGUGCUGGUCUUCUCCCCGACGAGCACGACAAGGCCUGGCCGACGUGGGGCGAUAAGAGAGCGGCGGUGGUCCCACCGGCUGUAGUUCUCUCCAUAGAUGCUUUCGCUCAUCUUGAAGACGUUGCCGCCACACAUGUAGCCGCCGACCAAGUCGCUGCCCUUAAUGGCGAACAGGAUGGCCGAAUCUGAUAGUGUCAUGAUGACAUCACACCCGCCACACAGACUACACGACGGACACUUAUGUGUAGAUGCGCCUGCUGUCGCUCACUCACGUUUGUAGUGCAGCGGGUAUCCGGCCGUGCCGGUGCCCUUCUCCCCGGUGCAGUAGCACCUGAAGUUCUCGGCGGCCUUGGGGUUGACGUCGGUGUAGAGCGUGAUGACCACACGGCGGACUAUGUUGUCGCCCUUGCUGUCCACACAGUUCAGAUCCAUGAACACCUUCGGCCGCUGCAGACACACCACACGCACACACAAAUAGGGCGGAAGACAGGCCAUGUGGCUGUGCAUUAUGCGUCUCUCUGUGCGGGCCGCGUGUUGAUGGCUUGCCUUUGGUGGUGGGCAGCUGGGGUUCUGUUGGGCCCACUGGAUGCCCUCCGUCAUAUUUUGGAUAAACUUGCUGGCCUCGUCUUUCACCUGAACACAUUCACACACACAUGUACAGUGGGUGGGUGUUUGGGCGCUGGUGGUGCCUCUGCUGUCUGUCUGUUUCGCUGACCGUUUUGCAGGAGUUCUGUUUGACCUUGAGGCACAUGAGCCUCCAGAGGUCUGUGCUCUCCUGACACGACACACAGGGACAUAUUCACACGCAGAGGUGACUGACCAUCUCCAUCUUUGCGGGGGGAGAGUGUCGCCUUUCCUUCCCAGCUGACCUUGAGCAGCCUUUCCCAGUGGCCGAAGUGGAUGUGCAGCGACAUAUAUGAGUCUAUUUGGUAGAUCAGGCCCAACAGGUCAUCUAUGUCCUGCAGACAGACAGACAGACAGACAGACAGGCAGGCAGACAGAUCGACUUGACGACCUCACAGACAGAGAGAAUCACUACAUGCCCACGUUGAUGGCGAGUGCCCUUCGGAUGGAUCUCUCGAAGUCUUUCACCCGCGCGAGCAUCUCGGUGGUGUCGGAGGCUUUUCGGAUCUCUUCUGCCAGCCGGUCACACACAACCUGCUCAUCCUUGGUGGCUGUGGCAGCUGGGGGAUUGCCGUCAAAACUGAUAACUGGGGACAAACAAGACACAGAAAGGAAGCGAGCACUGCAGGCCGUGUGUGGUGUUAGUUGUCAGUCUCUCUGUGUGUGUACCUUCCUGGGCGUCUUUGGGCUCGGCCGUCCUGAGGCUGUCGACCACGCGCAUGAAGUCGGCGACAGUAUCCCUCUGAAGGCGAGCCAGCUGCUGCUGCACCAACACGCCUUUGUCGAUGGCCUUGCCCUUGCUCUGCAGCAGCGAAGCGAAAGGACACCAGACAGACACACCCGAAAUCACGCGCAUAUGGAUUGGCGCCUUGUCGCUGCCCAUCCACCUUGAGUUUGGCCAUGUCCUCGUCAAUCUUGGCGUCCAGCAGCGCCGCCAAGUCCGUCCGCCGCUCCCACAGACACCACCGCACCCAAUCGGCCACCCAUUGCUCGCUCGGGGAGGGCACCAGAUGACCACCUGUCGCGUGGCGUGCAAAUCGGGGCCACCGCACAGCCUCAAUGGCGGCUUGGAAGAGGGGCGGGGAGGUGAUGAAGGCCGUCAGCGGCUUGCUAUACUCUGUAAAUGUCCUGGCCACCGACGGGUAGAGGCAAGAGAUCAGCACACUCGGGGGGCUCGAGAAGACGGGCACGCCAUCGACCGUGUAGAGCUGCGAAUGGUGCCGCUGGGCCCUGAAGAGCAGGUCAAAGGCCAGAAAACGCACCUUGAGCCCGGCCCGCUGCAGGUCGCGCACGGCCGCCCUGGCGAAAGGCAGCAGCAGCGGGUCUAUAUGGUCCGCCUUGCUAAAGGUGGGAAGGAAACGAAGCACCGGGCACUCAGAAACACCCGAGCUCCCUCCAAAUGUCGCGUCGACCACGUAAGGACAGAAGUUGAAAUAUUCGCCCAUCGGAUCCUCUCGGAUGCGGAGGUCAACCUCGCCAGGCUGCGGCUCACUCAACUCGACUGCUGCAGCUGCUGCAGUGGCGUCUCCAGCAGAUGCAUCCUUGGCGGCCACACCAGCCAGGCACUCUUCAAUCGCCGCCCUCUCGCGCUCCACCUGACACGUGUAGAAAUCGGCCAUGUCGAGGAAGCCGAUGAACAGCCGCGCGACGUUGACAUUGGUAAAGGCCGGCCUCACGAUGGUGCGAAAGAGCUCACAGGGCUCCCGACGAGUGUCUUCAUCUUCACGAAGGCAUCGUGUCGAGCAGUAGAGCAUCUCGCCGGACAGGGGGCAUGCGACUCGUCGGCCGAGCGACCCGCACUUGAGGCACUUGAUGUCAGCAGUGGCAUGAGUCAUUGACGCGUCCGACAUCGGUGGGAAGGCGGCGUCACGACCGAUGUCAAGAUGGGGCGCUUGUCGAGGGGAGAAGAGCAUGGAUCUGCAUAGAUGAGAAUUCAGGUCCGCUGCCGGGCAAUCGCACAGGCUGCCGGGCCGCC